AUGUCUGACAAAACCCUGCAUGGGAAUUAUGAAUUUAGCCAUGACGCCAUCAAGCUUGAUGAUGAAUGGGUUUUGAACGUCGACAACCAUUUUUCCGCCAGCGUCUUCAAAUUUAUCAAGAAAAGAAAGCUGGCAGGCUUGCCAGAUGUGAGAAACGAGGCGCAGCUGUGCGAAGUUUGCUCGACACUUGAGAUCUCGAGGGCAGGCUUCAAGGUUCAGCUCGAUGUUGGCCGACUCCAACAGACGGCACCGACGUGCAAUCUCUGCCGUCUGCUCUGGAAGGCAAGUAAAGAGGGAGGGGUGUCUCGCAGCUCCAGCGUCACGUUGGCGCGGGUGGGGUCCUGGCUGUGGAUGGGCCCUACUCGGAGCUUCUCCCUCUGCCGUGCCCCAGAACUCAAGGCUUUGGCCGACUUCCAGAUCGGGCUUCCAGCCCUAUCGGUCGCCGGCAGCGCCGCACACUUCGAAGUCAUCCGCCAGUGGCUUCAUGAAUGCGACACCAAGCACCACCACGAACGCAGCGCCCCAACAGACUAUUCCACAGACGAGGAAACCCUUCUUCCUACGCGACUCCUGGACGUCGGAAUUUCCGAUUCUGCGGACACUAUACGGCUGUGGGAGACACGGCCUUCGGACACGGGACGGUACAUCACACUUUCUCACCCGUGGGGCGCGCCGCCGUUUUUCUGCACCUACACCUCGAACAUCACCGCACACCUGGCUGGCAUCUGCAUCGCCGACCUGCCAACGACGUUCCAGCACGCCGUGGCUGUGACACGCGCGCUGGGAGUCCGCUACCUCUGGAUCGACUCGAUCUGUAUCGUACAGGGGCCCGACGGGGACUUUGGCACCGAGGCAAAGCGAAUGGAGCGUGUGUUCCGCGGCGCGUACUGCGUGCUGGCGGCAUCAUGCGCAGUGGGGCAGGGUAGCGGGUUCCUCAAGCCGCGGCGGGGGCGGGAUUAUGUCCCGCUUCGGUCGAAGGAGGGGGAGGGGCCAUUUUAUGUGUGUGAGAACGUGGAUGACUUCGACGCUCAUGCGCUUCGAGGACACUUGAACAGUCGAGGGUGGGUGUUACAGGAGCAUGCGCUCGCGAGAAGGACAAUCUUCUUUACGGAGCAUCAGACGUACUGGGAGUGCGGCGCGGGUGUGCGGUGUGAGACAGGGGCGAAGAUGAGCAACCUCCGCGCAGCAUUCCUUGGCGACACCCACUUCCCGCAGAUGAUUCUGUCCGCCAGCAAGGGCGAGCACAUCGUGCGGUACCAGAACUUGUACGCGCAAUACUCGCGGCUGGGGCUGAGCCGGCCUUCGGAUCGGCUGUAUGCCAUCAACGGCCUGCAGACACGGCUGCUGCGAGCCUUCCGGACUACUGAGGGCGGGUUCGGCCUGUUUGACGAGGGGCCUGUGCUGCGGGGCCACCUUCGCCGCAGUCUGCUGUGGCGGAGGGGGGAAGACGUCGGGCGGCUUGAGCCCAUUGACUUUUCUGGCACCAGCGUGUCUCCGCCAAGCUGGUCGUGGAUGGCGUGCAUGGGCGGGAUCGACUACCUCGAGCCCGCAUUCGACAAGACGUCCUGGAGGCCCCUGGCAUCUCCGUGGACGCGGUCUGGUUGGGCUGACGCGCCGACGAAGCCGCUGCCGGAAGGUGGAGGACUGACGCUGGAGGGGAUGGCGGAGAGGUUUGACUUGACGCGUGCGCAGGACCCGGACGAGGCCCUGCUGGUCUUUGAUCGGCCCGAGGAGGCAGAUAGCCCGCUACUGCACUGCGUGGUGCUUGGAGUUGGCGGCGGCGAUGCUGAUGGCAGGAGUUAUGUGCUUGUGGUGAAGCCUAUGAACGAAAAUGAGGGCAAGUUUGCGACUUGGGUGAGAGUUGGCGCGGGAUAUUUGACGGCGCGGUGUCUGGAGGGGAAGCAGACGCGCAUUGUCAUCUGCUGA